AUCCAAGAGACUGCGAGUCAAGGGGAUGUUUGGCCGUGCGGAUCCCAUAUGACAUCACUGUUUUGUCUGAACUACACACACAAAACACACACUUGACCCAUACCCCUGUUAUUCAAUUUCCACUCUUGCCAGAUUUCAAGCUACAAGAAGGCUAGCAAUCCACAUGGGCAUACCUUAUUUUCAUCACUAUUUCAACCCAGUUUCAUAAAGGAAUAAUUAAAACUAAAAGAUUCAAUUGGUGGUAACUUUACUAACUUCAAAUACUACAGUAUUUCUUUAUUCAUUUCUUGAUCUAUACAUUUAUUUCAUUGAUUGAUUAUAUAUAUGUAUAAAGUUUGAAUCUUUUUGAUAUGGGGUUUAAGAAAAUUGGUUUGCCUAUAGCUAGAUUUGGUAGACAAGCUAAAAGAUCAUAUGGACUUAUUAUAAAGUUUGCAUCUGUGGCAAUCUUGGGUUUGUGUUUUGUGUUUGUUUGGUAUAUGUUUUCACCUUCUGCUAGCUCUGUUAGUUAUCAAAGAAGUAGUUUUGGUGAAUUGGCUGAGCCUAUUUCGGAUAACGGGCAGUUACGAAAGAGGGAGGAGGCUCCGGUUGUUGUUACGAAAACAAAUGUGCCCGAUUUGAGUGCGGGAAAGGUCGAGGAGAAGGAAGUGGUUAAUGGGUCAUUGAGAUUGAAUCAUGGUGAUGAAGUUAAGAAUCAUAAGAAAGAAGAGAAGGGUGUGGAGGUAGUCAAAAAGAGUGAGGAAGAGGGGGAAAAAGUGGACGGAAAUCGUUCGGAUGGUGAGGAAGUGGAGGCCGAAAAUGAGAAGGAGAAUGAAGUGGAAGGUGAAACUGAAGAAGGGGAAAAUGUUGUGGAUGGUGAGUUAGUUAAUGCUGAAGUUGACGUGGACCAGGUAGAUGAGAUUGAUGACUCAAAUGGUAAACGGGGGAAAAAGCGGAAGUUUAAAGGUCCUUUGUUUGAUCCGAAGGCGGUUUAUAGUUGGAAAAUGUGUAGUACUAGGAGUAAGCAUAAUUAUAUUCCGUGUAUUGAUAUUGAAGUCGCCUCAAAGCGAAUUCAAAGUUAUCGGCAUCAUGAGAGGAGUUGUCCUAAGAACCCAUUAAUGUGCCUUGUUCCUCUUCCACAUGAGGGAUAUGAAACACCUGUUAGUUGGCCCAAAAGUAGGGAGAAGAUAUGGUUUAAGAAUGUGGCACAUCCAAAGCUAGCUCAAUAUAUCAAGACUCAAAAUUGGGUGGUGGAAUCUGGUGAUUAUCUCACAUUCCCACAAAACCAAUCUGAACUCACUGGCGGGAUUGCUCAUUACCUCGAAUCUAUUGAAGAGACAGUGCCAGACAUUGAAUGGGGAAAAAACAUUCGCACAAUAUUAGAUAUUGGAUGUAUUGAUUCAAGCUUUGGAGCAUAUCUGUUUGACAAGAACGUAUUCACACUUACAUUAGGCUUGAAGGAUGACCUUGUUGAUCUAGCUCAAAUUACCCUUGAGCGUGGUUUUCCUGCCAUAGUUAGCCCUUUUGGAACUCGGAGGCUACCUUUUGCGAGUGGUACCUUUGAUACGAUACAUUGUGGUGAAUGUCAAAUUCAUUGGCAAUCUAAUGGUGGUAAGCUGUUUAUAGAGAUGAACAGAAUCUUAAGGCCUGCUGGCUACUUGAUUUUGUCAAGUAAACAUGAGAGUAUUGAAGAUGAUGAAGCCAUGUCAAAGCUGACAGCAUCACUUGGUUGGAACGUAUUAGCUCAUAAAACUGAUGAUGUUAGCGAUAUCGGUGUUAGAAUAUACCAGAAACCAGAAUCGAAUGAGAUAUAUGCAUUAAGAAGGAAGAAGGUUCCUCCAAUGUGCAAGGACAAUGAGAAUCCAGAUGCUGCUUGGUAUGUUCCCAUCAAUUCAUGCUUGCAUCCGAUUCCUUCAGCCAUUGAAGACAGAGGGACCGAGUGGCCUGAGGAAUGGCCUAAGAGGCUUCAAACAUUUCCUGACUGGAUGAACAAUAAAGAUAAGUUGGUCUCAGACUCUGCACACUGGAAAGCUAUUGUUGACAAGUCAUACUUAACUGGAUUGGGCAUCAACUGGUUAACUAUACGGAAUGUUAUGGAUAUGCAUUCCAUAUUUGGAAGUUUUGCAGCUGCACUCUUUGAACAGAAGGUUUGGGUCAUGAAUGUGGUGCCCGUGUAUGCACCCGACACACUUCCUAUAAUAUUUGAACGAGGGCUUGUCGGGGUCUAUCAUGACUGGUGUGAAUCCUUUGGUACUUAUCCAAGAUCAUAUGACCUUUUGCAUGCUGAUCAUCUCUUCUCGAGGCUUAAAAACAGGUGUAAGAAAACAGCAAGCAUAGUUGUUGAGAUGGAUCGCAUACUAAGACCUGGUGGCUGGGCAAUCAUACGUGACAAGGCACCGAUACUUAAAUCAUUAGAAGACAUUUUUAAAAGUUUACACUGGGAAAUCCGAAUGACCUUUAUUCAAAGCAAAGAGGGAAUCCUAUGUGUCCAAAAGACCAUGUGGCGACCUUGAAGUUUUGUUGCAGACGCUGUAGAAAUUGCUGGCUUUUGAGCGGAUUCUUUUAAUACGGAGUAGUUGGUUUAACUUGUUUUUUUUUUGUUGAAAUAGCAAUAGGAACAUAGUUUGGUUUAUGGCAAGUGUAAAGCUGUGAGUAGUGUUAUUGAAAUUUAAAAGAGUUGUAUACUUGGUGAGCAUCCCUAGUUUGGGCAGAAAGAUCACACACAUUCUGAGAGUAGAUGAUCUAUUCUGGAUCAUGGUAACAUAUGCAGGCUUGUUUUUGGGGUUUAUAGAAGACAACACUUUAUUCUUUUUUA